CGGGACGCGCGGAGGAGGAGGGCAGCACGCCGAAGGGGAGGAGCCGCAGCGACAGACGGCGGCGCGCACCAACCCGGCGCCGGCUGGCAGGAGCCGCGCAGAGGCUGGCCCGAGCGCGUUGCAGCCGCUCCGCGUAGGGAGAGUCGGGUAGCAGCAUCCUCCCGGGCGCCGGCUUUCGCGCGGCGGCUGCGGCGGCGGCGGCGGCGUUUUCUCUGCCCCGAUGCCUCGUUGACCUGAAGAGGCUGGUGCCGCGGGGAAGGCGGGCAAGGGAGCGCUGCGGGCCCCGGCUCCUUUGCCUAGAGCUGUGUGUGUGUGUGUGUGUGUGUGUGUGUGUAGGGGGUUUCCGGGCCAGUCGGAGGCUGAGGAGCGGCGGGGGCUGCCGGCAAUGCCCGCCCGGGCAUCCUUCGGGUGAUGGAAGAAGCAGCUGCUGCCGCCGCCGCUGCACAGUCGCGCUGCGCCCCAUCUACCACCGCCAGAGACAUGGGAAGAUUCGGGGCGCGGAGGCCGAGAGCAAGAGAGGCGGAGCCGCUUUGCCGGGAGCUGGGUCGCGUAUAAGCCCCCUCCCCCUCCCCUCCCUCGGCCAGCUUCACCCCCCCAGAGCGAGGAAGGAAGCUACAGUCCCGAGAGGGCGUUGGAGACGCCGAUGGAGCCGGGCGCAAAGGACUCAGCGGAGCGCAGAGCAGGGCUCCGGGCCCGGUGAAAGUUUCCCUUCCCCAGCCGCAGGGCGCCCGCUGCCCGGAAACUCUGCCCAGAGCUUGGGCUGCCAAGUCCCUCGGCCCCCUCGGAGGCGCGCGGACCCCGGGCGGAAAACAGCGCUCGAGAAGGCGAGGAACGAGUGACAGCAGGACUGACCGCCGGGCCGUGCUCCCGGGCCGCUCCGGGGAGCGCCCGCGGCUCCAGGUCCUUCUCAGAGCCGCUGCCAUGGGAGAGCCAACCCUGGGUGCCGGGGACCAGCCGCCGCUGCUGCCGCGCCCGCCUCGGAGUCGCGGCCCAAGUCCCAGCGCCCGAAUCCGGGCCGCUGCGUCCUCCUCCCGGGUUGCAGGGCCGCCUCCGCCGCGCUGCCGGCCCGGGUUGUGCCUGUGAUGAGCCGCAGCCCGCCGCGAGCCCUGCCCGCGGGCGCGCCCCCCCGGUUGCUCCCGGCCGCGCCUGCCGCCGGGCCGCGCGCCUUGCUCCCGCCGUGGCCCCGGCGCCCGGGUCGCCGCUGGCCCGCGUCCCCGCUCGGAAUGAAGGUGUUCCGCAGGAAGGCGCUGGUGCUGUGCGCGGGCUACGCGCUGCUGCUGGUGCUCACCAUGCUCAACCUCCUGGACUACAAGUGGCACAAGGGGCCGUUGCAGCAGUGCAGCCCCGACGGGCCGCUCGGUGCCGCGGCGGGGGCGGCUGCGGGCGGCUGGGGGCGUCCGGGGCCUCCUCCGGCCGUGCCGCCCCGCGCACACACCCGCUCGGACCCCCGUACCCCAUACCGCUCUCCCGUCGCCCCCGUCCGGGCGGCUCCGGCAGCCGGGGCGGGGGCGGCGGGGGCCGCAGCCCCUCCGGGUAAUGGCACUCGGGGCACCGGGGAUGGCGGGGACAAGAGGCAGUUGGUGUACGUGUUCACCACGUGGCGCUCGGGCUCGUCCUUCUUCGGCGAGCUUUUCAACCAGAACCCCGAAGUGUUCUUCCUCUACGAGCCAGUGUGGCACGUGUGGCAAAAACUGUACCCAGGGGACGCCGUUUCCCUGCAAGGGGCGGCACGGGACAUGCUGAGCGCUCUCUACCGCUGCGACCUCUCGGUCUUCCAGCUGUACAGUCCCGCUGGCAGCGGGGGGCGCAACCUCACCACGCUGGGCAUUUUCGGCGCGGCCACCAACAAGGUGGUGUGCUCGUCGCCACUUUGCCCCGCCUACCGCAAGGAGGUCGUUGGACUGGUGGACGAUCGCGUGUGCAAGAAGUGCCCGCCGCAGCGCCUGGCGCGCUUCGAGGAGGAGUGCCGCAAGUACCGCACUCUGGUCAUCAAGGGCGUGCGUGUCUUCGACGUGGCCGUGUUGGCGCCACUUCUGCGCGACCCGGCCCUGGACCUCAAGGUCAUUCAUCUGGUGCGGGAUCCCCGCGCUGUGGCCAGCUCACGCAUCCGCUCGCGCCAUGGUCUCAUCCGUGAAAGCCUGCAGGUGGUGCGCAGCCGGGACCCCCGAGCGCACCGCAUGCCCUUCCUGGAGGCCGCUGGCCAUAAGCUGGGCGCCAAGAAGGAGAGCAUGGGUGGGCCUGCAGACUACCACGCCCUUGGCGCCAUGGAGGUCAUCUGCCACAGCAUGGCCAAGACGCUGCAGACGGCCCUGCAGCCCCCUGACUGGCUGCAAGGCCACUACCUGGUGGUGCGGUACGAGGACCUGGUGGGAGACCCCGUCAAGACCCUACGCAGGGUGUAUGACUUUGUGGGGCUAUUGGUGAGCCCUGAAAUGGAGCAGUUUGCCCUCAACAUGACCAGUGGCUCAGGCUCCUCCUCCAAGCCUUUCGUGGUGUCGGCACGCAACGCCACGCAGGCCGCCAGCGCCUGGCGGACCGCCCUCACCUUCCAGCAGAUCAAACAGGUGGAGGAGUUUUGCUACCAGCCCAUGGCCGUGCUGGGUUACGAGCGGGUCAAUAGCCCUGAGGAGGUCAGAGACCUCAGCAAGACCCUGCUCCGGAAACCCCGGCUCUGAGAGGGGUUCCCGGGAGACCAGACUCCCUGUGGUGACACCCACAGAAGGAUUGUGGUGUGUUUCAACAAAAACAGCCCAGAUCCAAACUGAGGAAGCCCACACAUUCUGUUAUAGAUACAUAAUAUAAAUAACCACACAGGCACUUGCUGUCAGUGUUUUGAGUCAUUGAAUUUCAAGGAACAGCCACAAUACACACACAUCUCAGAAAAGGCAAGGCUUGAAAGUUCUGACCCGCUGCCCUUCCUCUUCUCUCCCCUGCCUUUUCUCCCUUUUCUUACCCUCUCCCCUACCUGCCUUCCAUUUUGAAGUGGGAUGUUGAUUAAAUCAAGAUCCAGUAACCCAAAUCUUGUUUCCAAAAUUUUCGUGGUAUCUGUGAACAUGUAGAAGAGUCAUUUGGAUGUCGGGGGUGGGGUGGGAGGUGUGGGAGGGUGGAGAAAGGGGAAGUGGUCCAGGAGCAAAAGCCCCACUGGGCAUGCUAAACCAAGGAGGCAUUCUUCUAAGUAGACUUUUGUGUAAAAAGCAAAGGUUAUACGUGAGUAUUAAUAAAGAAAAUAAUAAAUAAUAUUCUUUUUUA